AUGGUGUAUGUUGGCGCAUUUCAUACAUCCGUGUGUAAUGGUAACCAGAUAGAGGCGUCGCGAGGCUAUCGGCCGAUGGAAUAUGGGAUCUGGAGUCUUCACGCCGCGGGUGGACUUUGGGGCGAUCCGCGGCUCGCCCGAAGACACCCCAUUCUGCCUCCUGGGGCACCUUCGAUGCUGCCAAGGGCAGCUUUUGCCUUGAGUGCCCUUCAACGACCUCCGGAAAUGGUACCUUUGCCUUUGGCUGCUACCGGCCCACCUUACGAGGCAAUGGAGCUGGUAGCGAAGCCUUCGGCAACCCAGAAGGAGACCGACGACCUCGAGACGCCUCCUGACCAGAGAUCCCAAAAAUCAGACGACAACGAAAUCAACAUCGAAAAGGACAACGAGCAUGACGAUGAUAACCAGACUUCCACCCCCAGUGCGAAGAACAACGAAGAAGCUCACGAGGAGAGUGAUUCUGAAAGUACGAGCAGCUCGCAUCGUUCGGCCAACAAUAAUUUGCCUACCAAGCCUCUCGACCCGAUGUCCUGUUUAGUUUUGGACAAAGAAGAAACGGUUACCCCGGCUCUCAAUGGUUGGGUUCUUGGAGCCUACACAGCUAUGUUGGGAAGACUUUCUGCCGCAACAGCAGCUUUGGAAGCUACCGAAGUUUCCAACAUGGCGUCCGACAGCGACUCCGAUAGCGACCAUUCUUCUUAUACCGAAAAAUCACGUGGCAGCAGUCCUAAUGCCUCUUCCGUGCGUCGUGGAUACUCUUGUGGUUCCUGCGACGCAAUCGCUCCAACGAGACCAGCAUUAAGGAAGCACAUAGCGGACUGUCAUCCCACUAUUUUGGGAGCAGACACAGGAGAGGCGAGGAGAUGUCCCUCUUCAGGGUGCGACUUCACCACGAAGAGUAGGUGCGAGCUGGAGAGCCACGUGGCUGCCCACGUGGCCCAGGGGAUGACACCUACAGGGAAGAAGCGCACCCUGGCUCUUCAGCGCGUCAGGUAUAGGUACGAAAGAGAAGAAUAUCGCUGUUCGUUGUGCUCUUAUGCCUGCACGAUCGAAAAGGCCUUCCAGAGACAUCUGACGGAUCAUGCCAACGGGACCGCUCCUGAAACCAGGGUCAGCUGUGCCGUUUGCGGCGCCGAUAGGUCCUCGGAGGUAGAUCUCAAUCGACAUAUGAGGAGGCAUCGGGAUGACAGAUACUUCUGCUGCGAUAUCUGCAUCUUCCGGACAGUUCAGUUGAAAAAGUUGAUACAACAUCGACGAAUGCAUACCGGCGAGAAGCCUCAUCUCUGUCCUCACUGUCCGUACAGAAGUGCGCGACGCGACAAUCUUCGUAGCCACGUAAGGCGAGUUCACAAGAAAGAGAAUCUUUACUGCGACACGUUUAGUCCUCGGGGUAUGUUGAUAGCCCCGACGAUCAGGGACAUGUCCUCGGUCGUCCCAAGUCCGGCCUCUUCACCGUCGUCGAACCCCGAGUCGGCUAACUAGCAAAGUAAUUCCGAUCUGUCAAAACAAAAUGGCCCUAAGUAAUAGGGAGACGAGACUAGAAAAAGAAAAUUGAAGCGCCCCGACCUGGUUCCGAACUGUCAAAGCCGUGAAGACCUAGUGGGAAAGGUGGAAAAGAAGGAGAAAGAUGGAAAGAACGAGUUGACAAACUCUGACUGAUAGCAAACUGUCAAAACCAUGUAGACUAGUAAAAGGGACGAAUGAGACGAAGAAAGACGAAAGACAAGUUGCCAAACCCUAACUAGUUCCGAACUGUCAAAACCACGUGGCCUAGGUGAAAAGGAAAAGAAACGAAAGACGGAAAAGUCAACACACUUUGGAUUGGUUCCGAUCUAUCAAAGUCACACGAUUCGAAAGCAUUUGCAAAGGGUAAAAAGAAGGAGGAACAUAAGGGAGAAAAAUUGAUAUACGUUAUGUCGGUUCUUAACUCUCAAAGCCACGUGGUCAAGGUAGAGGAGUUAAUAAGAAUAUUUAGCAAGAACGUGGAAGUGUUAAUUCAAAAUCGGAAGUCUCAAAAAGUUAUUUGAGAGAUGAUAAAUGUUUGAUUAGGUCCUAAGAGUGGAUUUGCCCGGAAACUUUCAAGAUCAAGUGGUUUUGGUUGACUAUCGGUUGAAUAGAAUGGAUACCAAUAAAAAGGUAGGGUAAGGACAAUCCGGAAACCUUCAAGAUUAAGCGGUUUUGAUCGGCUGAAUAUAGGUACCAAGAAAAAGAGAGGGUAAAGACAAUCUUUGGCAGGCGGAAACCAUGAAAAACUGGGGUACGCAAUUUUACGCACGUCCUAAUCUGGUCAAUAAGCUCGGUUCAGAUGCUGGAACGUUUCGGGAUGGUCAGAACUUCCAUUUUGGUGCCGACUCGAUUUUGAAAAACCGUCCUUGGGAUCCGUUCUUGAGAUCCCGAAAAUUCAGAAGCCACAUCCGGCGCAGCAGCUCAACGCGCCAGGAAGUUCUCCAGGCCUGAAGACGAAAGAAAAGACGUA